CGGGGGCGGGGCGGGGCGCGGGUCUCGCGAGAGCUGGCGGCGGCUCCGCCCGCGCCCCCCGCUCCCCCUCCCCAGCGGAGCUAAUAUGGUCGCCGGCGAUGGACCCUGCCAGGCCAGGAAUCUCUUAUCAGCCCAUAAUUGAAGCAUUAGAAAACUAUCCACAAAAGAAGUUCUACAAUGUCUCAAAGCUUGGAGGCACCAAAUAUGAUACUCUGCCUUAUUCCAUACGAGUGUUGUUUGAAUCCAGCGUCCGUAACUGCGAUGGCUUCUUAGUGAAAGAAACAGAUGCUAUGAACAUUUUAGACUGGAAAACAAAGCAGAAUAAUGUUGAAGUGCCCUUCUGUCCUGCCAGAGUUGUUCUUCAAGAUUUUACUGGAAUUCCUGCAAUGGUGGAUUUUGCUGCCAUGAGGGAAGCGGUGAGAAAUGCUGGAGGAGAUCCUGUGAAAGUCAAUCCUGCCUGCCCAACUGAUCUCACUGUUGACCAUUCUCUGCAGAUUGAUUUCAGUAAAUGUGCAAUACAGAAUGCUCCAAAUCCUGGAGGUGGUGAUUCACAGAAGCCAGUGGCAAAGCUUUCUCCGCUUAAAGCACAGCCUCGGAAGUUACCUUGCAGGGGUCAAACAGGUUGCAAGGGGCCAUGUAGUGCUGGAGAUUCGAGUCGCAACUCAGGACAAUUUUCUGCGCAGAUUGAGAACACACCCAUCCUGUGUCCUUUUCAUCUUCAGCCGGUGCCUGAGCCUGAGACAGUGUUGAAGAAUCAAGAGAUGGAAUUUGGGAGAAAUAGAGAGAGACUUCAGUUUUUUAAGUGGAGUUUGAAGGUUUUCAAGAAUAUUUCUAUAAUUCCACCUGAAACUGGAAUGGCACACCAAGUUAACUUGGAAUAUUUGUCAAGAAUUGUUUUUGAAGUUGAAGACUUCCUAUAUCCAGAUAGUGUGGUUGGCACAGAUUCUCAUACAACCAUGGUAAAUGGCUUGGGUAUCUUGGGCUGGGGUGUUGGAGGGAUCGAAACAGAAGCGGUGAUGCUGGGGAUGCCGGUUACUCUCACUUUGCCUGAGGUGGUCGGAUGUGAACUGACCGGCACGGCCAGCCCGCUUGCUACAUCCAUAGACAUUGUCCUAAGCAUUACGAAGCAACUUCGGCAAGCUGAUGUCGCUGGAAAAUUUGUUGAGUUUUUUGGGAGCGGAGUUUCCCAGCUCUCUGUAGCAGACCGAACCACAAUAGCAAAUAUGUGUCCUGAAUAUGGUGCUAUUCUGAGCUUUUUCCCUGUUGAUAAUGUGACAUUAAAGCACUUAAAGCAUACAGGUUUUGACAAGGCCAAGCUUGAGGUCACAGAAGCGUAUCUUAAAGCUGUGAAGUUAUUUAGAAAUAAUGAGAGUUCUUCUGGAGAACCUGAGUAUUCCCAGAUAGUGCAAGUUAGUCUAAGUUCUAUAAUUCCAUAUGUCAGUGGCCCCAAGAGGUCCCAAGAUAGAGUGGUGGUUAAUAACAUGAAAAGUGAUUUCCAAGCCUGCUUAAAUGAAAAGUCUGGUGUUAAAGGGUUCCAGAUUGCAGCUGAGAAACAGAAUGAUGUUGUGCCUGUUCAGUAUGAAGGAAAUGAGUACAAACUAUCUCAUGGCUGUAUUGUCAUUGCUGCAGUGAUCAGCUGUACAAAUAACUGUAAUCCAUCUGUCAUGCUUGCUGCAGGACUUCUGGCCAAAAAAGCUGUUGAAGCUGGCCUAGUGGUUAAGCCCUACAUAAGAACAAGUUUAUCGCCGGGUAGUGGAAUGGUUACACAUUACCUCAGUUCAAGCGGAGUAUUACCGUACCUCAGUAAACUUGGGUUUGAGGUUGUUGGUUAUGGAUGUUCAACUUGCGUUGGAAACACUGCUCCCUUGCCGGAAGCCAUCAGGAAUGCAAUAAAACAGGGUGAUAUCGUUGCCUGUGGAGUGUUGUCUGGAACCAAGAAUUUUGAAGGGCGUCUCUGUGACUGUGUCCGUGCCAACUACCUUGCUUCUCCACCAUUAGUGGUUGCGUACGCGAUAGCAGGCACUGUUAGAAUAGACUUUGAGACUGAGCCUUUAGGUGUUGGCAUUAAUGGCAAAAGUAUCUACUUACGAGAUAUUUGGCCCACCCGAAAAGAACUUCAUGCAGUGGAGGAAGAGUGUGUAAUAUCAUCCAUGUUUAAAGAACUGAAAGAAAAAAUGGAGAAGGGAAACAAACGAUGGAACUUGCUGGAAGCACCUGAGUCAAAUUUAUUCCCCUGGGAUUUAAAAUCUACUUACAUCAGAUGUCCUUCCUUUUUCGAUAAACUUGCCAAAGAACCCGUUUCACCACACCCAAUUGAAAAUGCCCAUGUCUUGCUCUAUUUGGGUGAUUCUGUAACUACGGAUCACAUAUCCCCUGCUGGAAGCAUUGCAAGGAGCAGUGCUGCUGCUAAGUAUCUGACCAACAAAGGACUCACACCUCGUGAAUUCAACUCUUAUGGAGCUCGACGAGGUAAUGAUGCUGUGAUGACAAGAGGUACCUUUGCAAAUAUCAAGCUGCUGAACAAAUUCAUAGGAAAACCAGCUCCUAAGACAAUUCACUUUCCAUCAGGACAAACGCUAGAUGUGUUUGAAGCAGCAGAAUUGUACCAGAAAGAAGGCAUCCCUGUAAUUAUUUUAGCAGGAAAGAAGUACGGACUCGGUAGCUCAAGAGACUGGGCAGCAAAAGGGCCUUUUUUACUGGGUGUUAAAGCUGUUCUAGCUGAAAGCUAUGAGAAGGUUCAUAAAAGUCAAUUGAUUGGAAUUGGCAUAGCUCCACUUCAGUUUCUUCCUGGGGAAAAUCCAACUACUUUGGGUCUCACUGGCAGAGAACAGUUUACUGUAUUGUUCCCUCAAGAGCUGUCACCAGGAAUGACUUUGGAUAUUAAGACAAGCACUGGAAAAGUAUUCAGCGUGAUUGCCUUGUUUGAAAAUGAUGUGGAGGUAACUUUAUACAAAUAUGGUGGAAGUCUAAACUUUGUGGCUCGAAGAUUCUUAUAGUAGCUACUGACUAUAUGGGUACCUUGCAUAACUGGUAAUUCUGAAAAUGCCUUGUGUGAACCCAGGAAUCUGUACUGUGGAACUGCAAACAGUCCUAGUGUGCUCAAAGUUACUUCGUCCAUGGAUGUAAAAGAUUGUGAAUCAUUGUAACUGCAACAAGAUCCUUCCUGAUUUUAAAUAAUAUUCUAAUGGUGCUAUUAAACAUUGCUAAAAUCAACAUGUGUGUUGUGGCAGAGAGCUGUAAGUAUGGAGGGGAUGUUUUAUCAGAUCAUUUUGUAAAUAAACUAUGCGAAAUCUGAAACUGAUUGUGCUGAAGAUUAUUAUGUAAGAUGAUUUUCUGCAAUUGUUUCCACUUAGUUUUUGCACCUGUAAAUCUGUGUACUGCUGUUUGUUGGUUUAAGGGUAGCAAAUGGUAUGGAGUGUUAAAGGCCAAACUAGCAGAUUUUUUUGGCAUCCACAGCUUAAGAGAGAUUCAGUUUUGAAUUUAUUGUUCUUUAAAUUGUGGGCUGAACAAGAAGGGCCCAUGGUGUCCUGUAUCACAGCCCAUGAGUUUCUUACCUUUAUUACGGGAUUAUAUAUUCCAUCUGGAUGCAGAUCUAACUCUGCUUACAUUAUGAAAUAUUGUGUGCUAGAAGUAUGAAGUUUUCAUGGGCAGCAUCUCUGAAUCUAAACAAAAAAACUGCAAUAAUUUUUUCAUGCAGAUUAAGUGUGAUUCCCCAGCUUUUUGGCAAGCUAGUGUGCUUUGUUUGAAAAGCUUGCAUCUACUUUAAGGAGUGCAGUUUGUCCUUCCUGUGACAUCAGCUUUUGCUGUGCUGUUAUAGUAUUAUUAGCUGGAGUACUUCCCUUAGUAUUUUAACCUUCUAAAAUUUUUAAAAAGGCAUAUUUGAACUAUUUUAAUUCUUCUGCUUUAAAUAUGGCCUAUAUCUACUUUACUUGUAAAAUGUUAACUGAGGUUGCUCUUCUGCCUUUCAAUACUUCCUAAUAUGCUGUUAUUUACAGCUUGUCUAAACAAGUGACAGAUUACCCUGUAAAGUUCCCAGAAUUCUGAACAAAUCUCAAUCAAUGACAUUUAAUUGCUGUAAAUUCAGUUGUCAGCACAUUUACAAGCAAGAACACUAUUUCCUAUUUAAUAUUAACAGAAGAUGCAAGGUUUCUGCAAAAGCUGUUUUACAACUUAACACUUAGAGCUUCUAAUCUGUUCAAGUGACACUUUACUGAUAGCUUCAGGUCACUAUUUCUGUGCUGCUGUAGAUUGAACAGCCUCAUUUUAAAACAUGGCUUGUAGUUAUAUAGAUUAAUUUCCUUUGGAGGAGAGAACUGCAGUAACUCACCUAUAAUUUGACAAGAUUUUGCUUUAAGAUUUUUGCUCUUGGUAAGCGUUAUCUUAAAUAUCAAUUUUCAAGAGGACUGUAUUAUCUUUGCUACAUAAGCUUUUAACUGUAUUAUAUCAGACACUAAGCAGUUGAUUUGCAAACUAACAUAGAGGAAUGCCAUUCAAAUCUUUAAGCAGUUUUGUUUCUGACAUUUCUAAAAACUGACAUAAUUACAAAAUACUGAUCUUGGGGGACAGUUCAAAUGUCAUACAAAUUUGAUUUCAUUGGUAUAACUUUGUGGUUUAUCAUUGAUCUUUAUUGGGGGGGGAAA